AGAAUCUCGAACAUCAGGGCGCCAACGAAACUUUUCUUUGAACGACAGAUAUCCACGCCCAAGACAAAUUCUCUGGGCGUCGAAAUACCAAUUUAUAUCUCAACAUUUCUCAUUCUCUCGGCCACUAUGCGCUGAGAGAAAUUGGGGGCCGACGACAACCAGCUUUCCGUCCCCUGACGCACGAAGCUGUGAUUUUCCGCGUUUCGCAGCUGAUGAUUGACGAUUCGACUCGCAUAUAAGGUGUCUAAUAGUGUUAGCAGCUUCUUCGAAGCGCGUUUAAGGCGUAGAGCUGCAGUGUGAUGGCGUGGCAGGGCCCCCAAGGCUUGGGAGGCAAUGGCAGCAGUGGAGAUGGCACCAGCCAGUCCAACCAGCCCCAGGGCACCGAAUAUACUCUGCAAGGUGUUAUGCGAUUCCUACAGACCGAAUGGCAUCGCCACGAGAGAGACCGCAACGGAUGGGAGAUUGAGCGCCAGGAGAUGAGGGUGCGCAUUGCGGCGUUAGAGGGAAAUGGACGGAGAUCAGAUGUACAACAGAAGGGGCUGAGGAAAUAUGUCAAGAUGUUAGAAAAGGCACUUGCAGCCGAGCGCAAGAAGGACAAGACAGCCAAUGGCGUCGCAGAAGAAGUGAAGGACGGUGAACUCGCUGAAGCUUCGAAAUUGAAGCCUCAUACUAGGACUGCACCUGAGAAGCCGACCACGUCAUUCGCAGUCCAGCAACCGGGCGAUGCCGACAAAGAGGAAGACCCAGACCGAUCAGGUCUGAAGACCUACCUCGACGGGUGUGCGAACGAGUUCACAUAUCUCAUGGUCUCGCCAUCCAACCCACAACCCCCACGCGAGCCCCAAGCGCAACAUAACUUGGCCCUGGAGGAAAUUGGCCAGGCAGAGCAGGCGGCACAGAGCCAACAAGCGCUAGAGGAGAUGUAUCUACCAAAGCAGAGCAUGCGCGAUAUCGCCCGGCAGUCUCAACAAGCCAACCAGCAGGCUCCGCAGCAGGCCCAGCAAAACCUGCCCUUACGGAAUAAUGACGCCCAAGCCAUUCCAAUGGUUCGCGAUCAAUAUCAACAGGAACCAGUGCGGGAGCAAUACCAGAACCAAUUUCAACAAAGUCAACCUGUCGAGGAGGACCAAGCUGCCCAAGUCAACCAUACCUUCGACAACUACAGCAGGCCAGCCGAAAACGAGACAGUAGUAGAGCCUCGAAAGGAGGCCCAAACAGAGGCUGACGGCUGGGAUUUUGGCGAAACCUCUGAAUUCCCUGCCCCUGAGGUCAAGGUCAUGCCGUCGAGGCCCGACACCGACGUUUUCCCAAUCGCGCCACAGGAGCUACCAAAGUCGCCAAAGAGAAACGCGCAAAGGAGGCGAAGCUCGGGGUCGCGCAGGAAGAGUGCAGAUGGCGAACAACUGAGUCUUGGGGUUGCGCAGAAGGUAGACGGCAACUUCAAGGUCCGCUUCGGCCUUAGAGGUCACCUGGAUGUUGUGCGAUCGGUGAUAUUUACCGGCGGUGGCAGCCCAGGUGAGCCAGAACUAUGCACGGCCGGUGAUGACGGAGUCGUAAAGCGAUGGAUCAUCCCAGCACGCUACGAAAAUGGAAUCCACAGCGGCGCAAACGACCUCGACAUCCAGCCCUACUUCACUCACCGUGGCCACAACGGCUCGGUCAUGUGCCUCACAUCCUACUUCCCAUCCGCAAACUUUGCGAGCGGUGGACGAGCCCAAGGUGACGGCUGGGUCUUUUCUGGUGGUCAGGAUGCAUCCAUUCGCGUGUGGGAGCGUGGUCGCGUAGACCCCAAAGCCGUUCUUGAUGGUCAUACUGACGCCGUCUGGGCCGUCUGCGUCCUCCCUACCACGUGCGGCGCUAUCUUUGGGCAGAACACCGCCUACGGCCCAGCCGACCGCAUUCUACUUGCCUCCGGAUCCGCAGAUGGCACCGUGAAGGUGUGGUCCGUCUCCGCCCCACCUACGUUGAUGUCGCCAUCCGGCAGCACCGGGCGCCGCACUGGCCGCCAACGUGGUAACUCGAUGAGUUCCGGCUCUGCAUUCCCCACCUCACCGCAGCCAAGCGUUGCCUCUACCACCCCAUUCAAUUAUACUCUUGUCCACAGCAUCUCUCGCGAAAACAGCACGGCGAGCCCGACGUCCAUUGCUAGCCUAGGGCCGCGCGGCGAGAGCUUCUGCGUCUCGUAUAGUGAUGCGGCAGUUCUGGUGUAUGACACGCGCACAGGAGAGGAAAUGGCUGCCAUGGCAAGCCUAGAGACAUACGAUGGUACCACAGCUACUGGUGUUAAUGCCGUUGUGGCUACAACCACCGGGCUCGACUCCUCCCUCACCUUUGACGCGUCGCGCGGGCUGUCGGAGGAAGACGUGGUCGUUGGUGGUGCAACAGGAUCACAGGCUGGUAUCGAGGGGACAGUCAUUAGCGGACAUGAAGACCGGUAUAUCCGAUUCUUCGAUGCUAACAGCGGCCAAUGUACAUACAAUAUGCUGGCACACCCAGCUGCGAUCUCGUGCCUCUCGAUGUCGCCCGAUGGACGCGAACUUGUAUCAGGCGGUCACGAUGCGUCGCUGAGAUUCUGGUCAUUGGAGAAGCGUGCCUGUGCCCAGGAAAUGACGAGUCACAGACUCAUGCGCGGUGAGGGUGUUUGCAGCGUGGUGUGGAGCCAGGACGGACGGUGGGUUGUGAGUGGCGGGGGUGAUGGCGUCGUGAAGGUUUUUGCUAGGUAGUGGAGGGCGGUAUACCCGGUGGGCGAUGUAUAUGGUAUAUGAUUUCUUGUGUAGUAGGAGCAUUUCCGUUGCUUACGGCGCGUGCAUGGGGUGUGGUAAUUCGGGAGCGACGGUGGUUUGGAGCGGGUGUCGUAGGGGGUAGAAUCUGUGGUGUUGUGUUGAUCGAGGAAGUGAGGUGUAUAUUAGCACAUUUGACUGGCUAGAGGAAGAAUGAAGUUAAGUGGAUGGUCAUUCUGAAUCAUUGCAAACGUCGUGUCUACGAACUAUGGCCUGUUUAUUAUAGCUAAAGGCAACUCUCGAAAGUAGGUCCACACAGGAUUCUACCAUUAGUCGCGGAAUUCCAUCACAGAAGAUA